AUGAAAGCAGUCGCCAAUCUCCCUGCGCAUGAAGAGGAGCCUUUUCCUGGCGCCAAAUACCUGGGCCAGAAGGUUGCCUCUCAUGUCGAGAAUGCAUUUCUCGAGCAAUCCGAGCACCCUUACAUGAUCAAGGAGCAAUGGCAUUCAAAGCCCCAACAUCUUCGCGUGAUACACGUGGGUGCCGGAGCUGCCGGCCUUCUGAUGGCGUACAAGAUGAAGAAGAACUUCCAGGACUACAGCCUUGUCUGCUACGAAAAGAACGCCCAGGUCGGAGGCACUUGGUUCGAAAACCGCUACCCGGGAUGUGCUUGUGACGUCCCGGCUCAUGCUUACACAUACUCUUUUGAACCGAAUCCCAACUGGUCCAGCUUCUACGCCUAUGCACCCGAAAUCAAGGAGUACUUCCAGAACUUUGCCAAGAAAUACGACUUGAUGCCGUUUGUCAAGCUCAAUUGCCGCGUCCUCAAGGCGGUGUGGCAGGAGGAAAGAGGGAUAUACGAGGUCGAAAUCGAUGCCGACGGCAAGAUCAUUCGGCCCUCAAUUCCCGGACUCCACGACUUUAAAGGCGAGCUCAUGCAUAGUGCAUCCUGGGACUCGUCCUGCGACUGGACUGGCAAGCGAGUGGCAGUCAUCGGCACUGGAUCUAGCGCGAUCCAGAUUGUGCCACAGAUUCAAAAGUCUGCAAAGCAUCUCGUGGCGUUCAUGCGGUCAGUAACCUGGAUCUCGCCCAUGAUUGGACAAGACACACUGGAGGAGCAGAGGUCCAAGGCCCAGGGCGAGGUUCCACCGAAUGCGCAAUACUUCUUCUCGGACGAAGAGAAGAACGCGUUCCGUGACGACCCGGAAUUUCACCUCCAGUACCGCAAGAAGCUGGAGGCGUCGGUCAACAACCUCUUCGAGAUGUUCUUGAAGGAUUCCGAGACCAAUCAUGCUGCCGAGCGACUCAUGAAAGCCGAAAUGCUUCGGCGAAUCGGCCCGGGCCACGAAGAGUUGAAGGAGAAGCUCAUCCCUCACUGGCCGCCCGGUUGUCGUCGCAUCACCCCGGGCGAUGGCUACCUUGAGGCGCUGGUGCAGUCCAAUGUAACGACAUGCCACAAAGAGAUCGCAAAGAUUGUUUCCGAAGGGGUUGUCGACGAAGACGGCCAUCUACACGAGGUUGAUAUCCUCAUCUGCGCCACCGGCUUCAACCUGGCCUUUGUCCCUCCAUUUGAUGUCCGUGGCGUCAACGGCCUCAGCAUGGCAGAAGCAUUCCAGCCAGAGCCCCGCGUGUAUCUAGCCACGACAGUGCCCAAGUUUCCCAACUACUUCGUGAUCAACGGGGUCCGCGGCAGCUGGGCGUCCGGCACCACGCUGCCCUCGCACGAAGUAUGCGUCGAGUACGUGCUCCAAUGCGCCAAGAGGAUGCAAGCCGAGGGCAUCAAAGCGAUUGAGGUGCGCGACGAGCCGGUGGAUCAGCUCUAUCGACACAUCGACCUCUGGCACGCGCGCGGGGUCUGGGGUGCCGACUGCAAAAGCUGGUACAAGAACAACAUUGUCGGCGGGAAGCUGUGGAUCUGGGGCGGCUCGUGUCUGCACUUCAUGAAGACGCUGAAGGAGGUCAAGUACGAGCACUACAACUUUCGCUACCACACGAACAUGUGGGCGUAUCUCGGGAAUGGACAGAUCGAGGCGGAGGUCAAGCACGAUCUGCCCAAUUUGACGCCAUACAUGCGGAACGAGGAUGUGCCGUGGUUCAUCUGA